AUGGACUUCAUCUCUUCCGCUGCAGAACGUUUUACCGACUUUCGUCAGCGCGUCGCCUACACUGGGCGGGAGUUGCUGGAGCGCAGUCGUAAGUGGCGCAGCUUCUCUACCAAGCCUCCCUCCAAUUGCGACGUCGUAGUCACUUUCGAACGAGGCACCAGUGAAAAUCAGAUAGAUUGGAUUUCUAAUCGUCUUCAAGCACGAAUUCCCGAGUUAAUUUUCACCAAAACCUUUCACAACGGUACUCAACGUCUGGCCCUCUAUUUAACCUGCUCAUUCAAUGAUCUCUUGAAAGGCGCUCGAGAAGUCCGGCUGCGAAAGCGACUGACAUCGGAAUUUGGCGGUGAAAUGCAGGAGUUUUGUAUUGAGGACUGCGAAGAAUUUGAGGGGUUCCUUGACCACGAGAAAUUCUUCACCAGUAGUGAGCGCCAGACCAUCGUGCGCUAUUACCUCAUGAGUCUUCGUGCCAUGGCUGGGGAUGCAUGGGACGAUACCAUCAAAUUUUCCCAGGGACAGGCCAUAAGUGAGUUAAUUUGGUAA